AUGACCUCACAAUUAAAUGAAUUGGUAGAAUUCUUACAUUCCCCACAACCUACCGUAAGACAAAUUGCUAUUGAUAAUCUGGUCGGGUUUAGUGCUGGUCCCACUUCAAAAUUUUUCAAGAAUGAUAACUACAGACCUGUUAAGGAUAUAAUAAAAAUGAUCAUGGAUCCAGAACAUGGUACCCGUGUUAUUAUUCAGCAAGGUGUCACUAUAUUGGUCAAUUUAUCUGAAGAUAAGUUGGUAAGAAAUAUUAUAUUGAAUAACGAUAAGAAGUUCUUAAAAUUUUUGAUCUGGAAAAUCGUUGACUUAACCAAUCCAAAUGCUGAUAUAAUGUGUAUUUUAUUGAGCAACUUAGCCAAGGAUGAUGCCAUACUUGCCACUUUGGAUAUCAAAAGAAAUUCUGGCGGUGAAGAAAUCGAUGACGGUUUGAGGCUAGCUGCUUUGAAUAAAGACGUUUUUAAGAGUUUAAGAGCCAUGGAUUGUCUAAUGGAUUGCUUUGUUAAAGGCUAUGACAAAAAAUUAACAAAAUAUGCCAGUUUCAACUAUUUAGCCUUUUUUUUUGCGGACAUCUCGAGAUUUAGAUUGGGCAGGAUGUAUUUUAUUGAGGAACAGAAAUAUGAUGGGGUUGUUCCUAUUUCAAAACUACUAGUAUUUACUGAAAAAUAUGAUGCAAAAGUUAGAAGAGAAGGUGUCGCUUCUACAAUAAAGAAUUCCCUGUUUGAUUCUGAAACUCAUGAAAGACUACUUAAAGAUGAAAAAAUAAACCUGUUGCCUUACAUUUUGCUACCUAUUGCUAGUGCUAAAGAUUCUGAAAUUGAUGAGGAAGAUAUGUUUAACUUACCGGAUGAACUUCAAUUAUUGCCAGAGGACAAGGAAAGAGAUCCAGUUCCUGCCAUUAUAUGCUGCCAUUUAGAAAGUAUACUUCUACUAUGUACGACAUAUGCUGGAAGAGAGUAUUUAAGGGACAAGUCCGUUUAUCCACUAGUGAGGGAGCUGCAUAAAAACGUUGAAAAUGAAGAUAUUGGUGAAUUGUGUUAUAGAAUUGUUAAUACGUUAAUGAGAGGCGAGCCAGGUGCGGGAACAGUGGAAGAGAUGCCAUCAAAGAGUGCGGAAGAGGAAAAAGACGAAGAUAACGAUGAAGAAGAAGAAGAUGACGAUGAAGAUGAUGAAAUUGUCGAAGUGGUCUAG